ACAUAACAAACCGAAUCUCUGCUGUGCCUGCUUGCUGUGCUGUGACCAAAGACAUAAUGGCUGUGACUAAGAAAAGUUUCAAUUUGAACUAGUGUAUGAGUGUACAGUGAUGAGUUUACAAGAAAUUUUCUCUAAUUCGAAAGAUUCAUCGACUGACUGCACUUUUGAGACUACUGUUGGAUCUGGUUUUGAGAGGCUUGCUGAGAAAGAAGUGAAACGCAAGUUAGGCGAUGACAUUCAAGUAUGCCCUGCACGUGGCCGAGUGUUUUUCAACACAGACAUCAACAAAUACUCCAAGGUAACAGAACUGCGAUCUGUCAACAAUAUAAGUCUGAUUGGAGCAACCUUCUUGGACAUACCAUUCUCUAACGAAAACAAGGAAGAUGAUGCAGAGCAGAUCAAAGACCUUGUGAAUCGCAUUGAUUGGACCAAAUGUCUCAAAGCCUGGGCUGACAUAAUGAGCUGUGGCCGAGAAUUUUAUCCAACGUUGGAGCAGUAUGAAGAAGCUGUUAAAAGAAAGAAGAGAAGUCAGCGAUCCAAGAAGAAAAUUAAAUUAGAGAAAAAAGCCGAUGAGGUGCCUUUGGAAGAUGAUGAGUCAACAAAAUUACUUUCUGAUGAAGAGAUAGAAAAAUUACCAGAGCCAUCAUCAACAGGGAAACCAGACUAUUUGAACGUUUUAGCAUUCAGGGUUACAUGCUAUCGAACAGGAAAACACUCAUUCCAAUCCCAAGAGGCUGCAGAGUACUUUGGCGGUGCACUCCAAGAUAAAUUUCAUUGGAUUGUCGACCUCGUUAAUUAUGAUUUAGAGAUCGUUCUGAAUGUUGCAAGCAAAAGUGUCUAUGUGGCUUUAAAUUUAACGCAAGAAUCACUACAUCGUAGAAAUAUUUAUUUUUUUGGACCGACAACCCUGCAGUCAACGACUUGCUUCAAUAUGCUGCAAAUAGCUAAUCCUGUCCCUGGUGAAAUAGUCAUUGAUCCCCUCUGUGGCGGUGGAUCCAUACCUAUUGAGGGCUGCUUUGGAUUUCCAAGUAGUUUUUAUCUCUCUGGCGAUCUCAGCGAUAAAGCUGUGGUUCGAACAAAGAAUAAUCUCCAGUGUUUAUAUCGGAAGAAGAAUAUUCCAGGUUUUCCUGUUGAUGUCAAUCAAUGGGACUGUACAAGAUUGCCUUUAAGAGACUCUAUUGUAGAUGUAUUCAUCACCGAUUUGCCUUUUGGAAAACGAAUGGGCAACAAAUUCCUCAAUCGUGGCCUGUAUAAAAAAUCUCUAAUUGAAUUGGCUAGAGUAAUUGUUCCAAAGACGGGCCGUGCAGUCCUCCUCACGCAUGACAAGAGUGCAAUGGCAAGAGCAAUACCAGCAAGUAAAGGGUAUUGGAAUCAAGCACAGAAGUUGAGUGUGAAUAUCGGCGGUCUUAAAGCAGCUGUCUAUCAUCUUAAUAGGACUGGCAAAGAAUUUGAAGGCAGCUGUCUUGGCAGAAUCGGCGUGUGAAUAAGUGGUCCACUCCUUCCUUUUUGCAUGAAGACCAAAGAUCCAGUAGAGCUCUGAUGGAUACCUUCCACCCCUUGAUGAAGUUGACAUCAUUGGUACAGUCUUUUUUCGUUACUGGAUCGAUUAGCUUCAGAUUUUGGAGAAGUUUUAGCAUGUAGUACAAAAAAUUUAUCUGCUCAUCGGUGCCUUUGAAUGGUCGAUUCCAUUUUUUGCGGACUUUAAAGCUGGAGGAAUUAAGCAGAUCAAACAAUUUGUCAAAUAGGGCUAACAGCUCUGCAGUGUCUUUAGCUUCUUCUGGUAAGAUCUUUAAUCAAGUAUAAGCAUUCAAAGAUGCAGCCGUUGUUGCGCUUAAAACUUGGGUUGCAUAACGAACUUUCAUCUUUUGAAAGCCGUUUGGAUUAAUGUGUUUGUCGGUUAAUUUGGGUGUGAAACGGAGAGGGUAUUUUUUGUCAUCCUCUCAAUACUUCACGAUAUGCUCCCAUUUUGCGGCUUUUCCGUUGAAAUGAAAAUCGUAAUUCAUUAAAUUGUUACGAGUACAUUUGAUAAGGUCUGCUCAUCUGCUUGUUUCGCGCGCUUAAAAUACUUGUUUUGCUCUCUGACAUUAUCAUUUUCUGUGAUUGCAAUUGCCCCUUGGUUGUCACAUUAAAUGAGACCUUUGCCUGGGAUCAAAUGUCUUAAACCUAACUCGUCAAACAAAUUUUUCAGCCAAGCCAGAUAAGCUCGCAGGUAGUUUCGUGCAGGGCUAUGUAUUCAGCAUGGAUACUCGAGCUCGCAACUUACUUCUGUUUUCUGCUUUUCCAGCUCACUGCUCCUCCUCCCAUGUUAAAUGCCAGUAUGACUUCGAAUCAGAUUUAUCUCCUGCCCAAUCUGAAUCGCUAAAAACUGAAAAUUCACAGUUUUUCUCGUAUACAAGAUUAUAAUUAAUUGUCUUAUUCCAAUAUCUGAAUACAUUUUCCACUCCUUUCCAAUGUUUAAUUGUUGGUUUACUACAGUAUUGGCUAAGUUUACAAAAAGCGUUGGAAAUAUCGAGUGCGACGAGAAAAAGAGGGGGCAACAACACAACCUCCGAUGACUUAUGCUAACAAGAAAAAUAUUACUAAAAUGACUUAUAACUAAGGUUAAAUAUCCAACAUAACCCCCCACCUUGAAUCCUCCCAGGAUUCAACUCAAAAAGAGGAAGCACAAUAGAAGUAAAGUGAUCAUACAUACUAAUUUAUAAAUGCAAAACAAUCAUUACGAGCAAUAAGCCAACUAAAGUUUUACUAUGGCAAUAAAACCAGGGAUUUUAUUAUAUAAAACUAGCAGAAAACCCGUGCUACGCACAGGAAAACCCCACCAUCAGAAAUCACUGUGAUUAGUGAUCA